AUGAAAAGCCUUGUCCUCGUCUUACGCCUUGUUCAUUGCUCACACCCAACAUACACGACAUCCUUGUUCGUUCUUUCCUCUACUACCUACUAUGAAUUCGGCGUCAUCGUCCACGCCAACUUCAGAAGUCCAAAAACGGCUAACUACUUCUGGUCGCUGUCAUCCCAGGAUUUUUUUUUUUCAACCUAUUGUCCAGGAGAACAAUAG